AGAAAAGUGAAACGUAUAGCCUCAGGUGGCAGGGAGGGGGGGGACUGACGAAAGAAGACGUGUGAUGGAGGUCUGUCUAUAUAAGCCGGCUGUUCAAAGGGAAUACUAGACCUUCGCUCUUUGCAGGUCCACGGGGAAGCUCUCACUUAGAUUGGCAUUUUGAAAGCCAGCAGGAUGAAGUUUGUGAUUCUCCUCGUGUUCUGUUACAUGGCGAGCUGCUGGGCUCAGCAUGACUGCAUUGUAGAUAACAUCCCAGUGAUGCAGGACUUUGAUAAAUACCGGUUUGCAGGGAAAUGGUACGCUGUUGCAAAGAAAGACCCUGAAGGCCUGUUUCUGCAGGACAACAUUGUGGCUGAAUAUACCGUAAACCAUGACGGCACCAUGGCGGCCACAGCCAAAGGAAGAGUCGAGCUUCUCAACAAUUGGGAGGUCUGCGCCGAAAUGAUUGGCACCUUUACCGACACCCCCGAUCCCGCAAAAUUCAAACUGAAGUACUGGGGAGCUGCAGCCUACCUACAGCAAGGAGAUGAUGAACACUGGAUUGUGGACACCGACUACGACUCCUACGCUGUCCAUUAUGCUUGCCGCAAGAUACACUUUGAUGGCACUUGUUCAGACAGCUACUCCUUCAUCUUUUCUCGUGAUCCCACUGGCCUGCCCCCUCAUGCUCAUAGGAUGGUCCGGAAAGCUCAGGAGAACAUCUGCUUGGCCAGGCAAUACAGACGUGUGGCUCAUAAUGGUUACUGUGAACAGCAAUAGUAGCAGCAGCAGCAAGAAGUCUUUUAAUCAUAAAUGAAAA